AUGCAGCUCGCGUCCAGGCGAGGGCUGGCCACGCUGUUGCUCUUGGCGGGCGCGCUUCAGGCGAGGGCAUUGCAGGCGGGGGCGUGGCCUGCGCCGGCGCCGCAGCGCAGCAGACGCGCUGGCGCACCGGUGCUGCAGCAGCCGCCUAUUGGCGCGGAGCCGGGCAGCGGCGGUGCUGCAGCGGCAGAGCCGGCCGGGAGCAGCGUGGUGGCGCUGGCGCCGUCGCUGCCGCCGGCGCGGGGCCCAGCGUCGGGGGAGUGGCAGCUCGACUUCUACUCGCGCCCGGUGCAGGGCGCAGACGGCAAGAAGCUGUGGGAGCUGCUCGUGACGGACUCGGCCGGCAGCUUUUACCACGCCGAGGCGGUGCCGUCCAACUGCGUCAACUCGCGCGAGCUGCGCAAGCGGGUGCAGGCGCUCAUCGACGCUUCUGCUGUCAAGCCGCGCGCCAUCCGCUUCUUCCGCGCGCAGGCGAGACACGCAGCGAGACACGUCUGUCG